AGUUUUUCUUACAUUUUAUUAUAAAUAUAUAGCAACGCAGGGCUCUUCAGCUUUGCUCCUGGAGGGCUGGUGGACCAAGUUAAUCAAAGUCUUCAGGACUAUUUAAAAUGGUGAACAGUUGUGCUGGAAAAGGGUUGGAAGUAAACUAGCAGAUCACUGGCCCUCCAGGACCGGAGUAGACCAGGCCUGGUGUAACGUGUCCCUCCCCUUUAAACACAGCGUGACCUCCCUUUAACUCGCUCGUCUUCAAGACUGCAGUGUUGUCAAGGCAGGGUGAUUUUGGUCGGCGGAAUUAUUUCAACUACAGUUACCCGUAACUUUCUACCUCUGGGUGUAACGGUGUAGUUAGCUGUAAGCGUUCGUGUGCUUAUUUGUAAAGAGUGUGCACAGUACAAUGCUCUGGUUCGUGUCGGUGCUGUGGUUCUGUCUGAUGAACACUGGACCAGCUCGAGGAUACUUCCACGAAGAGCGCUGGAGCCCGGAGUCUCCUAUAUUAGCUCCCCGAGUAAUGCUCGCGCUCAUCUGCCGUAACGCACAGCACUCGCUGCCACAUUUCCUCGGUACUAUAGAUCGCCUCGAUUACCCUAAAGACCGGAUCGCGCUGUGGGUGGCGACCGACCACAAUAUUGACAACACUACUUACCUACUGCGAGACUGGCUCAUCAAUGUACAGAAACUCUACCAUUAUGUGGAGUGGAGGCCAAAGGAGGAACCAAGCAAAUAUCAUGAUGAGGAAGGACCAAAGGACUGGACGAAUGAGCGCUACGCCUAUGUCAUGAAACUGAAGCAGGCAGCGCUUGAGUCUGCACGAGAGAUGUGGGCAGACUAUCUCAUGAUGAUUGAUUGUGACAAUCUCCUGAUCAACCGAGACGUCUUAUGGAAACUGAUAAAGGAGAACAAGACGAUUGUGGCACCAAUGCUGGAGUCUCGUGCUGCCUACUCAAACUUCUGGUGUGGAAUGACAUCCCAGGGCUACUAUAAACGAACCCCUGCCUACAUCCCCAUGCGCAAGCAAGUGCGCAGAGGUUGCUUUGCUGUUCCCAUGGUGCACUCGACUUUCCUGGUUGACCUGCGGAAAGAAGCUUCCAGACUGCUUGCUUUUCACCCACCACACCCAGAGUACAGCUGGGCCUUUGACGACAUUAUAGUCUUUGCUUUUUCAGCCCGCAUGGCAGAGGUACAGAUGUUUAUUUGUAACAAGGAGACUUAUGGGCAUCUGCCAGUGCCUCUUCGUGCCCACAGCACCAUGCAGGAUGAAGCUGACAGCUUCAUUCAUACUUUGCUAGAGGUCAAUGUGCGAAAUCCUCCAGUUGAGCCUUCCAGAUACGUGCCCAAACCUGUCAAAAGACCUGAUAAAAUGGACUUUGAUGAGGUGUUUAUGAUCAACCUGAAGCGGAGGGCCGACCGUCGUGAGCGCAUGCUGAGGGCGUUGAGAGAGCAGGAAAUCGACUGCAAGAUUAUAGCAGCCGUUGAUGGCAAAGCUAUGAACGUCAGUGAGAUCCAAGCUAUGGGAAUCCACAUGCUUCCCGGCUACAGUGACCCCUACCACGGCAGACCUCUGACGAGAGGAGAGCUGGGCUGCUUCCUGUCCCACUAUAACAUCUGGAAAGAGAUUGUAGACAGAGGCCUGAAGACCUCGCUGGUGCUUGAAGAUGAUCUGCGGUUUGAGAUUUUCUUCAAGCGUCGCCUACAGAAUCUGAUGCAUGAGGUGGAGAGUGAGGGUCUGGAUUGGGACCUCAUUUAUAUUGGGAGGAAGAGGAUGCAAGUGGACCGACCUGAGAAGGCGGUACCAAACAUUCGCAACCUGGUGGAGGCGGACUAUUCCUAUUGGACUUUGGGCUACAUGAUGUCAUUACAAGGGGCCAAAAAGCUCCUCAAAGCAGAACCACUCAGUAAAAUGUUGCCUGUGGACGAGUUCCUUCCUGUUAUGUUUAAUAAGCAUCCAGUAUCGGACUACAUGGAUCAGUUUGAAACGAGGGACCUGAAAGCAUUUUCAGCGGAGCCCUUGCUUGUGUUUCCUACACACUACACGGGUGAACCUGGGUAUAUCAGUGACACAGAAACCUCCACAGUGUGGGACAAUGAGAAGAUGCGCACAGACUGGGACAGGAAGCGCUCGGGUAAAACCCAGGAACAGGCUGAGAUCAGCACAGAGGCCCAAAACUCAGAUGUGCUCCAGUCUCCUCUGGACAGAACAGCUCGAGACGAACUAUGAGAGACGUUGAUUUGGACACACCACUAGACUGGCUUCUGGGGGCAAAGUCUAGUUCCACCUUAUAAGCACAAUAUAUCCGACCAGAAGAGGCCUUUUUAGAUAGAUAUGUAUUUUAUUUGUAAUUUUUUUUUAAAUCGGUUGUUUGCCUAAAAGAAAAAAUGUUUUUUGCGUUUGAACAUCGGUCCCUUUAUUUCUAAAUUUGUAACAGCGCUUUCUGAUGACAACUGCAUCUGUUCUUCAUUGUAUCCCGCAAAUUAAAAACACAAAGAGCCGGAUUCCUGAAGAUCUUCUUAAGAAAGAAAUUUAGCAGAUUUACUCAGAUAAAUGUUAAGUUUGUAAGGAUGUUCUUAAGGGCAAUUUUGUAAAGUAAAAAUUUAGGAUUAGUUCACCCAAAAGAUAAAAUUAGCUGAUAAUUUGUCUCCUAAGGAUAUUUUGUGAGUCUGUGCACUGGUGUUUUUAGAACAGUUUAAUUGAAUAAUCUGAAAGAAAAAGAAAACAGAAAUAAUCACAUGUAACUAAUAAUUUUCUUGCUGCGUUCACAUUCCAGACAUGAACAAGGUCAUUCUCAUCACCAAUAAAAGAGUUGUUAUUUUGUUAUUUAAAAGCACGAAGCAUGUUUUGAAGGACGUUGUUAUUUUUAGGCCUUGUGAUACCAUUAUCUCUUCGGUGGUGCUUCAUAGUUCAGACUGUUACUUCCCUUCAUCAAAACCUCCGACCAUAAACGCCUCUCUGUGUGGUUUCUCUGUCCUAUCAUCAGGACAGCAAUUAAAGGUCUACACACAUUCCACAUGGCAACAUUCCGUUUUUUUUUUUUUGGUUCUCACUUUGUUUUUUUUGACACAGGACAGCCGAGCAGCUUUAAAUAUGCUUGAUAUGAAUUUUUGUCAUUGCGCUGUUUAGUCACAAUGUCGUGCUGUCACUAUGUAAGUAACUGUGAGUGUACUUCACCAACUGUGCCUUCAAUAUAAAGAAUGGAUAAAACGUUCUUUUAACUGAAA